UACAAUUUACAUCAAAAUUACUGAUUUGUGUGUAUAUGAUUUUGAAAAAGAAUGAUUGAGAUUUGGUUCUAUAUAUAUUCGGCGUAACAAAAACGUGCCUAAUUUCCUAUUUAUCAAUUUUGUCUUUUUAUUUGUCUUUCCUACUUAAAAAGGUUGAGAUUUUUUUUGGGUAGAAACAACAUACACCACUUAUUAAAAUCAUAGUAAUAAUUUAUUUUAAGAUAUUUAAAAUGAUUGUUAGUAAGUUUCAAGUCAUCCAGCUGUGCCUUUAUGUAUGUAUAUAUACACAAGCCUCUCAUAGCUUGAAUUCAUGUAAAAAUUGGAGAGUCUUGGGAAAGAUAUGAAAAUGAGGGACUUACUGGGGCUGGCUGCUGCUGUCUUAGCUACAGUGAGCUUGUUAGUGUCAGGUGUGUGUGGCUUCGACUUCUAUAAGCUCAGUCUCGCCUGGCCACCUUCUGCUUGUAACACCGGAAGGGAGUGUAUUCCGUACAUCCCCGGCAUGUUUACCGUCCAUGGUUUAUGGCCACAAUAUGCCAAUGACACUGCGGUGCCACCGUACGAGAAAAAUCCUAAAUGCACCACUGUCACUCCGACCAGUCCGGAUCAAAUUCCUGCCGUAUUACAACCCAUCGAAGAGAAAUUGAAAGAAAAUUGGCCGAGUUUUUAUCCGGAUAAAACAACAGGUGCACGUAAUGAUCCGGCUUUCUGGAGACAUGAAUGGGAAUCUCACGGAAUGUGUUCAGAUUAUCCUGAUGAUACUCUCGGUUAUUUCACGGAGACUUUAAAUUUGGCCCAAAACAACAAUCCGCUAAAAGUAAUGGGAAUUCAACCUGAUGAUAAAACUCUUCAUGAAGUGAAAACCAUAUCAGAAGCUGUCAAGAAAAAUGCGAAAGCAUAUCCUCAAAUUGUAUGUAACACUCUGCCUGGGAGUACCACGCUUCAGCUUGUGGAGUUCCGUUUCUGUUUUAAAAGGGCAAAGCCGCCGUCUGUCCUUCAAGACUGCCCCAAUAAAUUGGCCGGUACUUGUAAAAGCGAGACCGACGAAAUACGGUUCCCACCCGCUCCUCCUAUUUCUUAAUGCGAUAAAAAUCGAUUUAUAAGGCUUCCAAAUAUAAUAAUAAAACUGAUACAUAAUAAAUGUUCGUCCUUUGUUUAUGAAAUAAUAAUUUCGUAAAUUUCACCACGCCUGAAAGUAGAUGGCUUUUCUACAUGGCAUGGUUAAUCAUUCGAAUUGUAUUAAUUUUGAAUGCAUUACUAUAAUAAA